AGGAAUGUUUACUACAUACAAGUUAUUAUUGUUAAGGGAAGGAAAAAAAAAAGCCUCCCUCACUGGUAGGAAGUAUAUUUGUUCCUAAGCUCUGGUCAUAGGACAUCCCUUUAAGAACCCUCCACCUCCCCACCCUCUCCUUCAGGAAGGAAACACACAAGUCCAUGAAGCUGCUUGAAUCACUUGCCCAUUAGCCACAUUAUUGCUUGAAUUUGCCUAUUGAACACUGAUAACCAAAAUAACUCCAGGCUGACAAUUGUUUGAGAAUAACACAUCCCUGCCCCCUUCCUACCCCAUCCCUAACUUUAACAGAUUUUGGCUGCUUAGGAAGCUGGAGCAUGAAGAAGUGCCAUGUAUUGCUAGCAGAUUCCAGAGGGGCUUCCAUGAAAUACACCUAACUCUGCAAACAGGGAAGGAAAUGCCUUCUGCCAAACUUACACAAAUAGAUCAAGGUUCUCUUUAAUCUGAAACACUCGAGAAUCUGGUAUUCUCCCUGUCAUUGAAUAAAUCACAGAGAGCCAUUAAGUGUCUUAGUGUGGUCAUUAAACUGUCAUGAGCACCAGUUCUAAAUAUUCUCUUAAACUCUCAAAGUGAUUUUAUUUUUAAAGCUAUAUAUUCAUUAUAUAUAAUCAGUAUACAUGACAUGCAGCUAUGUGUACAAGACCAUGCACCUAUGCAAUUUUUUUUACACCACUGUAUUAUAAAACAUUGCUCAAACAAUAUUUAUGCUUUUUUUUUUUUUUUCUCCUUAUCAAGGUAGAUUUAUGGCCUUUACACAAAAACAUUGUGUAGGAACUUUUGGUUUGGUUUGGUUUUUAACUGAGACAGUUUAGCAAAAUAUAGAUCUCAGUUAGAUGAUAUAUAUUAAUUAUAGAAAAAUAAUGUAAAAUCAUGUAAAAUAUACUUGCAAGCGGACAUCUAGUUAUAAAAAGAGUGGCGAAGAUUUUCCCAGUCUUAAUUUUUUUUUUUUAACUAGAGAGCUGUCUUAUUGAUACCAUACCACAAAUUUCAAUUGAAGAAGUAGGAGAUGAGCAAUAAAAUAAAAAUUAAAUUUACUGCGCUAUUGCCAGUUAUCAAAACUAGUUGCCUUUCAGUGGAAAGCACCUAUUUAAUUUGUGAGGUUUUUUUUUCCCCCAGAUCAUAUAUACACAGUCAUCAGGGUCUGCUUUAACUGAAUCACAGAGUUGUAACAUUGCUAACAGGCUUUCUGCAGCUGUUGGAAAAGUCAGGAUCAGGUAUUGAAUAUAUGAUAUUUAAUGUAUGGUAUAGUUUAAAAUACAGUUUAAAUCUUUUUUUUUCGUGCCAUUCCACUUCACUAAAACCUCUUAUCUGUCUUCCAUUGAAAUACUCCAACUACACAUCCAUUUAAUCUGGAACUAUAAGAUUCUGACAGUUUAAAAAUACUCCUGAAAACAAUAUGAUCUUGCUCUUGAAGGAUGUAGAAAAUCUACUAUAAAAUGCAAGAUACCUUUGCAGUUUGGUGGCUGGAGACUUGAAGUAUGUCUGUCAUUCUCAACAGCAGAGAAUGAUAGUUCCUGACAGAAUAAUAGUCAGGAAAUGCAAGAAAUACACCUUACCCAAAAACAGCAACUUUCUAGUAUUCUAACAGUACUCUUGUUACAUAAGAACUGAUUUGGGCUGUUGGGGAUUUUUGUUGUUGUUGUUGUUUUAAAUGCCAUAAUAACAACAGUCAAAAGUGAAAAAAAUCCAUACUUCAAUUCUGCAAUUCUGAUGUGUAAAUGUCACCCAAGAUUCUAAGGUCCUAUAUUACUAUGAUGUUUUUAAUGCAUAUUAGAAAAAAGUAGCAUUUUCAGGUAAGAUUACUUACAAUAAACAUUUAAACCAUUAGAGUUUUUUUCUUUUUUGUAUUUUAAAUUUGAGAUUACACAAACAAAUUAGUUAAAUAGAUCAUGACUUCACAAGAUCAUAAAAUGUGCCAAAAAUAUUUAACCUACCAUUUUCUUUAAACAAUAGACAAAUUAUUCAUUCCUGAAAAAUGUCCUCUGCAUUAUUUAGUGCUUUUUGUUAAAGAGAAUCAGAAGAUCAAUUUGGGCAGUUAAAAACUUUGGCAUUUCAACUUUUACUUAAAUAAAGGUUCUUGCUUCACACAAACAUACAUAUAUGUACACAAACAUCAACUAUGUUAAAAAAGUCUGGAGAUAUUAAAAUACUUGAUCAUCAGCAAACUACAGAAGGGCUAUCAUGGAGUCAGCACCAGGUGAAAGUGUAAAUAUCAGUGGUUGCACAACCCAGGCUUUGAACUCUUCUACCAUUUGUAUCAUCUAAAAGAAAAAGGAAAAACAGAAUUAAAUUGCCCUACUUAGGGUAACACAUACUACUCUAAACAUCUGAAUAUCAAUUUCAAGGGCAGUAUCCCUGCAUAUAAAAUUAUAUACAAGUACAGUCCCAGAGGAAUCAAUGAUUUACCAUGUGUAAAUCUAGGCAAAAAAGAUGCUCUAAUAAAGCUGAAAUCAAAAGUCCUAUGCAAAUCUUCCUUAAUCUCAUUUCUGUCACCACAUCUGGACAGACUGACAUGCUGGGUUAUUUUCUGCACUUAUUCCAUCUGUAUUAUGGAGAGGAUUUAAAUUUUUCAAGUCUCAUAAUGCAACACCUUUCAAAGGUGUUAAGAUCUUGGCUUAGAAAGCUGCUGCAUACAGCAGGCUUGAACACACUGGUAUUUAAAAUUCCUGCUGAAGCUAAGUGGGCUCUGUACCAAAAUAAGAGACAAUUUAUAAAGUGACAGAUUAAUACUUUCAUCCUGUAAACCCUUACAGUUGUAAUUCUUCAAAAUAUUAUCACUAAUUCUAUCUCUUGACAUACUCUAAAAUAUUUUAAAAUAGAAUAGAAUCUUUAGAAUAUUAUAAAAUAACCACCAGCUCAUCUUUAAAGAAAUGCAAUAGUAUUUGCAAAGAGAAUCCUAAGAUUUAAUAUCUAAAAGCGAAGUCUAAGAAACACUAAAGGAGUCAAAUAGCAAUGUUAAUUCAACCCCUCUGUCACAUUCUGUGUACUUGGUCACACUGUAUAUUUUUUCCUUGAAAGCACCUGUGAUAAUUGCAGAUUUUAUAAUUGAAAUGUUAAAAACUUCAUGUUAAAAAUUCUAGUUACAAAUACAGCAACUUAGCACAUAAAAUUUUAAAAUAUAUUAUCCUCGUUGUGACCAGAGGGGGGAAAAGUUCCAGUAGCUUCAUUUCUCUUGAUUGUCCUGCUCAUAAACUCACAUGUGUUUUUGCUUUCUUUAAAAACUUACCCUGCUUUACAGGUGCAAUGUGUCACCAAUUAGUAAUGCCUUAAAUUUGAGAGCAGGAGAGGGGCUCUGGGUUCUGUUAACUGUGGGCUUUAUAGAUGGAGAUACUCUUGAAAGAGCUUAGUUCAGCUUCCGAGCUCUUGACUGAUUUUAAGGAGAUGUAUGAGUAUGAGAACCGUUUAAAAACCUUCACAAAGUGGCCUUUCCAAGAGAACUGCAAGUGCACUCCGGAGAAUAUGGCAAAGGCGGGAUUCAUCCACUGUCCAAAUGUAAAUGAACCAGAUGUGGCAAAGUGUUUCUUUUGCUUGUUAGAACUGGAAGGCUGGGAGCGAAAUGAUGAUCCAUGGGAGGAACACACCAAACGUCACACCUGUGACUUUUUAUCUCUUCCUAAGAACUUUGAAGACCUUACAGUGGAGGAGUACUACAUGCUGGAGAUGACACGGCUGAGAACAUUCAUUGAAUGGAAAAGAGAAAGAACAUCAAAGGCUGGAAGACAGAGUUCUUCUCCCUGCCAGAUUUGUGACAGAUUGUCAGGAGAUUCAAGUACCUCUCCACUGCUUCACUACAUACAAGCUGCUUUCCACUGCAGAAUGAAGAUUCUCUGCCUGAAGCCAGAUGAGCAGUAUUCCCAUUACAACAGAAUUUGAGCUACAGGAAGGACAGGUUUUCCUGCCUGCUCAUGUACAGAAAAAGCUUGAUACAGACCAGCACAAGAGCUUUUAUCUAGACUCAGAAUUCUCUAACAAACAUUCCCAAAAGCAAAUUAAUUUAACCCUUGCUAACUUCCUCUUUUAGUCACUAACUACAGGCUUGUUAAGCUGAGUAUGGCUUUGAUUUUUUUUUAAAAAUCUAAAAUCUGUAAGAUUAGAAUUUCUGUCUCCCUUCUUGAAAGCCUUUCACCAGUUGAGGAUAAAUAGUACAGUAAGCACAAGCCUUAUUUCUUUUCCCAGGAAAUGGAGGGUUUCAUUUAUUACUGGAAAAAGAAAAUAAUUUCAAAUGUUUAGACAUGUUGCAAGGUUUACUCCUUGUAUUAGCAGAUAUUGUCCUCUUCUUCCUUUAAUUCCCUCUUCCAAGACACUUGGAAGCUUUUUUUCCUUGCAUGUCAGAAUGCAGUUGCUCAAAAAAGCCACUAUUAACAGGAGUCAUUGCUUCAAUUUGAGAAUAAACAUAAAAUGUUACACAACCUUAAAUAUUGCUCCAUAUAUGGAUUAAAGAUUAGAUUAGAUUUAACUUUGUGUUUGUGGUAUAGCUCAGCUAUAUAUGAACACGGAGAAUCCAAAAAUAUAAUACUGUAGAAGUUCUCUUGACUGAUAUAACAACUAUUCGCUCAAAAAAGUUAUUCUCAAAGCUCUGAUUUACUACUACAUUGUAUCAAUCUGACAUAAAUUUAAAUUGAAAAUAUUUUUACCCUUGACCAUUUCUAAUAGCCAUCUGUAUUUGUAUUGUCCAGAAAGUUUGGGAUAGACAAAAAAAACUAUUUGUCCAGGCCACUCUCUUACGCUAUCAACACAUGGAGGUUUUGGAUAAGCAUCAAGUGCAUCCCCAGUGGUCUAGACAGAAAAAAGAACACUAUAACUACAUGUGAAAACAGGCAAUAUUCAGAUUUAGAAUUAAUCUAGAUUGGAUUGCUGAGAAUAAAAAAUAAAUUUGUGUCUAGAUUCAGCCUCAAGUUCAACUCUAUAAGAGCGACAUCGCAAGGAAUGUCUCAACAAAGCCCAAAAUGACUUAACAUGAACACAGUGAUCACACCAAAUUUCUGAGAACUGAUUUCACAACACAUUCUACAAUGAUUUUGGCCAUCAGGUACUUUGAAUUGUCUAGUUCCAUCUACAAUGAAAAUCGAAAACAAGUACAAAUACAAUUUAGUUAGACCGAAAGGUUUUUUUCGUCUAUUCCCCUAUUUUCCCAAAGUGAAACCUUUUUUCAUUUAUUCAUUCCAGAAAAAUCCCAGAGCUUUUAAUUUUGCACAUCAUCUUAUUUAAAUUUAUACCUAACUUCGAGUGUAUUUUCUAAUAAUAGAAUGAUUAAUCUGGUUCUAGCACCAUUCAAGAAUAAUCUCAAUUGAAUCAAAAUUUGCACAUGAAAAAGUAGCAACAAAUGACACUAGCACUUAAAAAUUAUAUAACUUUUAAAGACUGAAUUAAUUUUUUUAAUGUUCCUGAUGGAUACAAAGAAUAAAAAGCGAUUCCAGUAUAUGUUAAUAUUUACUGAAGAAAUCCACACUGAAUGACAUUAGCCUAGAAAUUAAGACAUUAGGACUUGUUACCUAGCAAACAGAUUUCAACAUAACCGUCUCAAAUUCAACCAGCCAGCUUGACCUCUAGCUUCAGAUGUUGAAAUGUCCUUGUAAGUUCCACAGUCUCCCCUUGGCUGCUUUUAAGAUAUGUAAUAUCUAAUACAUCAUUAAAUUCUACUCUUGCAAUUCUUCAAAACACUUGUUCAAGGGAGAAAAAAAAUAGUAUUAAACAGCUUCAGACAAUUUUUUUCUUGCCAAUACUACCAAAGAAUAUCUAAUUUAAAAAGAAAUUCAGAACAAUUUAUUUGAAAGAUCAUUUUAAGUUAGAUAAAGAUACAGUUUAUCCCUAACAAUAAUUCUAGUGUACUACUCCCUACAAGAUACUUACCACUGUAUUUAUCGAAGAUCUCUUUAAAGAUGUAAAAUUUUAUUUAUAAUCUCUGUAACAUAUAAACUAGCGAGGAUAAACAUGAAUUCUGUCUUUAGCUGGUAAUCCAACUACGGGAUAUAAAAUGCUGUUAUUUAUACCUUCCCAGGAAGCUACAGCAAACAUUAAGGAAUUUGAGUAAAGCAACCAAGCACAACCUUAACACAAUACAUUGUAAGGAAAUAAAAAAGUCACCUUUAAGAAUUUGUUCCUCACAAGAUCUCGUCCUGUUCAUUGCACUGUGUGAAUAUUUCUCUGUGACUGAGCUAGCAUUUUGCUUUUCAUUUUUGUUCUUAUUUUUGCACUGCCUUCACUGCACACUAUCAAGGCUGUGUAUUGGGACUCAAACCCCAGUUCCUCUGCUUAUAGCAAAGGUUAUAUUAUUUAACAGGAUCAUUUCAGCAGGAGUGCUCAUAGAGUUAAUUCCACUCAGUAUAAGGACUUAUAUUAAGCUAUAUUUUUUGCAGUUUAAUCCUGAAUGAGGCUGGGGAGUAGAAGUCCCAGCGAGAGUUAAAACACAGCAAAAAACUUCUGAAUUGUUUAAUUAGGACUGCCCCUAAAAAGAAGGUAGGUAGGCAGGUUUGUAUGAAAUUUUUCAAAACAUGAACUAUUAUUUCUGAAAGUAAUUUCAAAACAAGGUUAAUUCAUCAAACAGCACAGCUCCCAUCAUUCUGUUGGAGCAACAUCAAUUCACACUAGCUAUUCAACCAGGUUAUUCAAUUAAGCAACAUAAACAAUUAAAACAUUUUGAUAGAUUUUUAAAAGUGUACUUUUAUGACAACAAUGUAGUCAGACAUUUUAACUGGUAAUCAUCUAUCAAUUCAAUGCAAAAAUUAUCCUUUCCUACAUAUAAAAUAUAUAUAGGAGAUAUAAGUAUUAAGCUGGCAAAGUUGUACGUAGGCAACACUGACAUUUCAGUACUAACACUAACUAGUAAUGUGAUCUAAAUACAGGUAUUCUUAGGAUAAGAGAAUACCUUUAAAUACUAAAUACAUUUAAAGAAUUUUGCCAGCAACACAUAAAAAGUUCUACUUGUUUCGAGAAGAUAAGAAGUUGUAUUUUUAUUUCUUUUUACAACAGCACCUGAAUAACACCUGUCAAGACACAUUGCUCAAUAAACACUGGGUUUCUUACAUAUAUAUGCACUGUACAGAUGACAAAAUAUAUAUUAAGACGUAUAGUGCUUUCCAAAUUCUUUCUAGUGCUUUCCAAAUUAACUUCUCAAACUAAAUUAAUGUAAAUGCUUAGAAAAUCUACUGCAUAAGAUAAAAGUUAUCUCAAAUAAUACAAAAUUUCAAAAUACCUAAAGGUUACCGAGCUAAGAACCUUUAAAGAAAUACAGUUGUCUGAACAUCAGGUUCUGGCAUUUAAUAGGCCUUAUGACCAAUCAUUAAUUUUUUUUAAUCUUGCUCACAAAGUAUGGGGUUUGGGGAGCAAACUCACACAUUGAAAAGUAGGAAAUUAUGCAGAUUUAGAAUGAGGAAAUCAGACCAAACAAAUGCUUCCACUCAGUUCCAGUAUGGGCUUGCAUUUGGCUGUGAUUGAAUUUAUUCUAGUUCACUUCCACGCCAGUACACUAACUAUGAACUGACUGAAACCCACCCAUGUUGCAAUACAUAACGUUCUAUAGCGACAAAGUCCUGGCAAGGGAAAUGAGGAAUGAUUAAUACCAAUCCCCUGCUCUAUUUCCCAAAGUCUAGAAACACAGGUUCUGCCAUAGCAUCUCCUCUACCACCUAAAUCAGAAUGCAUUUCCCCAGAAUUGGAACGGGACCAGAAUGGCCAUGGCUGAGGUGGAAACAGAGGUAACCAGAAAUGUCAGUCAGCCCUGAGGUCCCCUCUGCUCUGCCUGGUCAGUCUGCACCUGUCAGCACACAGCUAGGGACACGUAUCCAGGAUCAAAACAAAAGCAAGGGUAUAUCCAACAUAAGAAACUCAAAAGAGAUUUGUGGGGAGAAUUUCAGCCUAAUCAAUCUACUGAGGGCUCGCAAGAACUGCUGACUAUUUCCCCUAGGAAGAGUUCUGUCAGAGCCCAUUAUGAAUCUAGAAUGACCCGCUCAGGAAAGUCCCUGACAGGGUGUGCAGAGCAACACAGUCUCACAGAAUAAGGAGACACAGGCCAGAUCUCUGUGUAAAGCCCAGAGGUGCAAAAGGCACAAACUCCUCACAGGGUGCCAAUGCAGAUUGGCAGAUGACUGCUUCUCAUCUUCAGUUUGGAGAUAACAUUUUGAAAUUAUUUGCAAUGUGCAUUCAGUUUUGUUUUAAUCCCCUGCUCGCUUUACAUAUAUACUUCCCAUCUACUGAAAAAAACCAGAACUGUGUGCUUGUCUAACUGGUCUUCAUGGGGGUGCACCUCCCUAAUACAAUAAUCAUAGUGUUCCUUUGCACAUGAAAUACAUUCACCUUCUGUCGCUUGCCUCUUGCAUCAUACCAACCACAACAAACUGCAUAUACUUUUCAUCUAUACACAGACAACUCAGCUGUCAGCAUACAAACAUGAUUCCUAAUUGGUUUUAUAAAACAGUUUUUAAUGCACAAACAACCAUUUAACUAUAUGUUGUCAAGAAAAAGGCGUUUUUGUUGCCUUUCCUAGUAUAUUUAUCCUCAGCAGAUAGAAUGAUUGCAACUGAGAAAGCAAAUCAGAGCUGUGUUGCCAGUUUUAUAAAUGGGAUUCUUCCUGCUUGUUUUUACUUUCAUAUGAGAAAAAGCCAGGAAAAAAAUAAUUUAUGCUUCAACAUAGAUUUCCUAUUUACAGUUUUGCUAAGGCAGGAUGAGAAAAAAGGAAUGGCAUCAUUCUCAGUCAUUCAAAACAUCAGCAUAACUUAUUUUGUCAGUCACUCUGCCAGUGACAAUUAGGGAGAAACGUAUCAAGAAAAGUGUAUAAAUCAAGAGUACAGAAAUAGUUUGAGUACCCAAUUAAAAGACCAUCAACAAUCCAGUUUCUAAAUAUAAUUGUUAAUAUAUUGCAGAUUGGAGCCUUGGAUUUUUUUUCCUUGAAUCUUUUUUUCUUGCAUUUUUUUCCCUGCUUUUUUCCCCAGAAAGACAAAAAAGCUUCUGAACCUGAGAUUUUUUUAAAAGUUAUGGGAAGUGGAAAUUAAAGCACUGAGUACUUUAAUUCUCAUUAACAUGCAUUGCUUAAAUUUAAAAUGAAGAAAUAAUGUGUAAUUAUUCAAAUUUGCAAUGAAAAGCUAAGCAAAUAAAGCAAUUUUAUAAUGCAAUGGCAUAUAAAUGCAAAAAGUAAGCACAGGCAGACUCAAGUUUGCUUUAUGCUUUAAGAAACACCUUUCACAUAGUCUGGGGAAGAGCAUCCUUUUAAGCCAUGAAACUCAAACAUUGCAUUUGUGGAAAGAGAGUGCCAUCUUCUGGAAAAUGCUGCCUACUUGUUUAGCCAAAAUCAAAGUAAGAUUGUUAAACUUUUAUUUUGGCAUUUACACUUUCCUGGACAAAAGACGACUCUUUUUUCUGCCGGUGACAACACGUGUCAUAUUCAAGAAAAUAAUUUGUAUUUGAUUAGCACAGAAUAUCUGAAUUAGGUCAUUUUAUCAAAACAGAUAAUUCAGUAAACAAUAUUCAGAAAUGUAACACAGCAAAAUUCUGAAUUUCCUGCCCUUUUCAAUUUUUACUGAAUUUCUUCUCCAAAAUGAAUACUAUUGAUUUCACAGUUCUGUGGAAUAAAUUCCUGAUUUUCUUCUAAAUCAGAAGAAAGAAGAACAAAGGGGAGGGAUGGGAAGCAUAAGGCAGAAGGAGUAAAAGAGAGGGAAGGAUUUCUCCUUGGAGAGAAAGGCGAAGAACAAGAAUAAAAAAUAAAUUAAAAAAAAAAAAGGGAAGGGAAAGAGAAAGAAGGGGAGAGCAGGAGAGACAAG